AUGCCGACAUUAGGGUUCUUGAAGAAGAAGCGGACGAGGGAUUCGUCAGGUCAGAAUAACCUAGCCUCUCCGACUUCGAGCCAGCCGACCAGUCCAGUCACCCCCACCAGCUCCCGACCAUUCGACAACUCCAUAGCCUCCAUAGCCUCCAUAGCCUCAAUAGCCUCUAUCUCUUCGCAACCCUCCACUCCGCCAGCCCAGAGCGUGUCUCAACCCACCGCCCCCAAGCAAGAAGGUCCUACGGCUGUGGGCGAACAACAAUCAAUGACGCAAGGUGUCUCCCACCAGCAGCAGCAGGGCUACGGAACCUAUUCCCAGCCUGCCCCUUCUCUUGGCCAGCAGAACCUCCCCUCGAUCAGCACCCUAAUUCACCCUCCCCAGAACGAUGGUAGCGCACAAUCGAAAGCAAAUGUGGGUCAAGGGGAGCCAGAGAACGGAACCGAAAUGCAAUCCGAUGCAGCGCAACAAUUGCCUCAAGCGCAAGUUGUCGAGCAACCGGUCCAGAUCAGACAGACCAAAGGCAAAUAUUCCUUGACAGACUUUGAUAUAUUACGGACAUUGGGUACGGGGAGUUUUGGAAGAGUACACUUGGUCCAAUCGAAGCACAACCAGCGGUUUUAUGCCGUCAAGGUGCUGAAAAAGCAGCAGGUGGUCAAGAUGAAGCAGGUUGAGCACACGAAUGACGAGCGGAAAAUGUUGCAAGAAGUCAAGCAUCCCUUCUUGAUUACUCUCUGGGGAACAUUUCAAGACUCCAAGAACCUGUACAUGGUCAUGGAUUUCGUUGAAGGUGGAGAGCUGUUUUCUUUGCUGAGAAAGUCGCAACGAUUUCCCAACCCUGUAGCGAAGUUUUACGCGGCCGAGGUCACACUGGCACUCGAAUACCUGCAUGGGAAAGAUAUCAUCUACAGGGAUCUGAAGCCCGAGAACUUGCUGCUCGAUAGGCAUGGGCAUCUCAAAAUCACUGACUUCGGGUUCGCCAAAAAGGUACCAGAUAUCACGUGGACUUUGUGCGGAACCCCAGACUAUUUGGCUCCAGAGGUCGUAUCCAGCAAAGGCUACAACAAGUCUGUAGAUUGGUGGUCGCUUGGCAUAUUGAUAUUCGAAAUGCUGUGUGGCUUCACCCCUUUUUGGGAUGGAGGUUCCCCAAUGAAGAUUUACGAGAACAUUCUCAAGGGCCGCGUCAAGUAUCCUCCAUACAUCCACCCGGACGCUCAGGACCUGCUGCAACGCCUGAUCACAGCCGAUCUCACCAAACGCCUCGGGAAUACCCACGGUGGAGCAGAAGGCGUAAAGAACCACCAAUGGUUCGCUGAAGUCACUUGGGAGAGACUGGCAAAGAAAGACAUCGAUGCUCCCUACGUCCCACCGGUCAAGGCUGGCGUGGGUGAUGCAAGUCAGUUCGACAAGUACCCCGAGGAGACAGAGCAGUAUGGCCAGCUAGGUCACGAUGAACACGGAAAGCUGUUCCGCGACUUUUGA